CCCCCCCUCGCGGGGAGCGGAUCCGGUCGCUGCUUUUCCAUGAGAACUGCCUUCCCCGGCCCGGGACCAGCUCGGCACUAGCGCCGGGGUGGCGGUGGAAGACACCCCCAAAAAUGACCGAGCUAGAAGGGGACUUCACCAAGCUGCUGCUGUUAAAGGAAGAGCAGAUCAAAGAAUUGGAAAGGCGCUUGGGGGAGAAAGACGAGGAGAUCCAGGAGCUGCGCCGGCGGCUGCACAAAUGCCAGUCAGUGCUGCCCGCCCCUAGCCCACACAUAGGGCCCCGCACCACCCGGGCUCAGGGAAUCUCCGCCGAGCCUCAGACCUACCGCUCCUUCCACGAUCUCCGGCAGGCUUUCCGCAAGUUCACUAAGGCCGAGAGGUCCAAGGAGUUAAUAAAGGAAGCAAUCCUCGACAAUGACUUCAUGAAGAAUCUGGAACUGUCUCAGAUUCAGGAGAUUGUGGAUUGUAUGUAUCCUGUGGAGUAUGGCAAAGACAGCUGCAUUAUCAAGGAAGGAGAUGUGGGUUCCCUGGUUUAUGUCAUGGAAGAUGGGAAGGUUGAAGUGACAAAAGAAGGUGUGAAGUUGUGCACCAUGGGACCUGGCAAAGUUUUUGGGGAGUUGGCCAUCCUCUACAACUGCACCCGCACAGCAACUGUCAAAACUCUCGUAAAUGUGAAGCUUUGGGCUAUUGAUCGGCAAUGUUUUCAAACAAUAAUGAUGAGGACAGGCCUCAUCAAGCACACUGAGUAUAUGGAAUUUUUAAAAAGUGUUCCCACAUUCCAGAGCCUUCCUGAGGAGAUACUUAGUAAGCUUGCAGAUGUCCUUGAAGAGACACACUAUGAAAAUGGAGAGUAUAUUAUACGACAGGGAGCCCGAGGGGACACUUUCUUCAUAAUCAGCAAAGGGAAGGUGAAUGUUACUCGUGAAGACUCCCCCAGUGAAGAUCCAGUGUUUCUCCGUACUCUAGGGAAGGGAGACUGGUUUGGAGAAAAAGCCCUUCAAGGGGAGGAUGUUAGAACAGCCAAUGUCAUUGCAGCUGAAGCAGUAACUUGUUUGGUCAUAGACAGAGACUCCUUCAAACAUCUGAUUGGAGGUCUAGAUGAUGUUUCAAACAAAGCCUAUGAAGAUGCAGAAGCAAAAGCAAAAUAUGAAGCCGAAGCUGCCUUCUUCGCCAACCUGAAACUCUCUGAUUUCAACAUCAUCGACACCCUUGGGGUUGGAGGGUUUGGACGAGUUGAGCUGGUCCAGUUGAAAAGUGAGGAAUCAAAAACCUUUGCCAUGAAAAUACUGAAGAAACGGCACAUUGUGGACACCAGGCAGCAGGAGCACAUCCGCUCAGAGAAGCAGAUCAUGCAGAAUGCACACUCAGACUUCAUUGUGAGGCUCUACAGGACGUUCAAGGAUAGCAAGUACCUGUACAUGCUGAUGGAAGCCUGCUUAGGUGGAGAGCUCUGGACAAUUCUCAGGGACAGGGGUUCAUUUGAGGAUUCGACGACCAGGUUUUACACGGCGUGCGUGGUCGAAGCGUUUGCCUAUUUGCAUUCCAAAGGGAUCAUUUAUAGGGACCUCAAGCCAGAAAACCUCAUUCUGGAUCAUCGAGGUUAUGCCAAACUGGUUGAUUUUGGCUUUGCAAAGAAAAUAGGAUUUGGAAAGAAAACAUGGACUUUUUGUGGAACCCCUGAGUACGUAGCCCCUGAGAUCAUCCUGAACAAAGGUCACGACAUUUCAGCUGACUACUGGUCUCUGGGAAUCUUAAUGUAUGAACUCCUGACUGGCAGUCCCCCUUUCUCAGGCCCAGAUCCCAUGAAGACCUAUAACAUCAUAUUAAGGGGAAUAGAUAUGAUUGAAUUUCCAAAGAAGAUUGCCAAAAAUGCUGCUAAUUUAAUUAAAAAACUAUGCAGGGACAACCCAUCAGAAAGAUUAGGGAAUUUGAAAAAUGGAGUAAAAGAUAUCCAAAAGCACAAAUGGUUUGAAGGCUUUAACUGGGAAGGGUUACGAAAAGGGACACUGACACCUCCUAUAAUACCAAGUGUUGCAUCGCCAACAGACACAAGCAAUUUUGACAGCUUCCCAGAGGACAGUGAUGAGCCACCUCCUGAUGACAACUCAGGAUGGGACAUAGAUUUUUAACAUCUUUCUCUUACCUGCUUCUGCCUUGCUGAAGACAGCUUCUGGGAUAUAGCUGCCAGCAAAACCGAAUGCAUUGGGGAGGAUUCGUGCUUGGGGUCACCAUGAUGCCUUGAUUGAUGCUGCUACAGUAACUACAGUGGCAUUAGGACUUCUUGCUUAGAUGACAAUAGUGCUCUUCAUGUUUUAUGUUCAAACGUAAAACAGCAGUUUGACAUGGUGGUCCUGACACAAAGCCUUUCACCAGUAAAGAAAUGUGGUUUCUAUCACCUCAACAAUCUUGCUACGCUCUUAAUUAUCAAAAUCAAGAGAUAACAUAGUGUAAGACACACUUAAUUCUAGCUGCAAGGUACUGGCUUUCUCAGUAGGAUCAUUAGUAAUUUAUUAAGUGCUGUAGCUAAUUACAGGGGAAGAUUCGGGCUACUCCCACCCUCCAGACUCCAUAGGGCUUCUACUGUAGGCCAGCGCAGGAGCAAAGGAGGACCACAGUGAUACUGGUCAAAGAGUUCAUAUCAAAGCAGUGGCAAAAUUUGUCCUUUUUUUUUUCCAAGCAGUAUUCUUGACAAGACUGAAUCUUACCUUUCCUAUUUUUUUUUUAAUAUAAGUUAGGGGUUUUUAGCCUGGUAAACCAAAAGCACAACUGCUCUAGAUCCUGUUAAGGCAAAUGUGGGUCACUUCUGUCAUACAGAUAAGAACAUACUUUAACAUGAUAUUUGGGGUUGGUUUCUUUGUUU